CAAAACCUAUUUUUAGCCUGUUUGAAUCUUAACGUUGAGAGUUGCAAAAAAAAAAUCUUUUUUCCGAAAGAGCUCAAAAAAACGUGACUUCAUACUGCCAUUUAUUCGAGGUUUAAUUUUAGCAUAUUUCCAUAACCUAGUUCUUCCUAAGUCCGCCUUCGUCCUGGAUCAUUGGGUUACGUAAUAUUCACUGCCACAAGUAUAAAAAGGGAACCUUAUUUUUCUCAAAUCAAUUAUUAUUAUCAAUUCAAUACAAAUCAAUCAUGAAGCUCUCUCUCUCUGUCCUCCUCGUUGUUGCUGCCGCUCUCAAUGUUAGCGCUUACAAAGUCCCUUAUGCUGCUCAGGCCUGUGCUCUUGGUACUGAAGGUAAAGGUUUAGGUAACGGUUUUAAGGGCUACUGUUGUAAGAACCAAGCCGAUUGUAUCGAUGAUUGUGUCAAUGAAAAGUGUACCGGUCCCGAAGGCACCAUUCAUUUCACCACUACUGCUUCUACCAAAACCAAGACCAAGACUACCACUACUGCCAAGCAUACUUCUACCACUUCUGCCAAAUGUAUUCCUGGUUUCGCCGGAAAGAAGAACGGUGAAGGUCGUCUUAAUGCUUGUUGCACUACUAGCGAUGACUGUAAGAACAGCUGUGUCAACAAGAAGUGUGAUGCCAAUUAAGUGGUGACAAUAGAUACUCUCAAGCGUCAUUCAUUUUUAAAACAUCAAUAAAUAAAAAUGAUUUCUUUUUUUUUCCUUUUCA